AUGGCGGCGCCGCUGAGAGACCGGUUGAGUUUCCUGAGCCGGCUGCCGGUGCUGCUGAGGGGCACGGCGGACGACGACGUCCCCUGCCCCGGGUACCUGUUCGAGGAGAUCGCCAAGAUCUCCCACGAGUCUCCCGGCAGCAGCCAGUGCCUGCUGGAGUAUCUCCUCAACCGGCUGCAGAGCAACUCCUGCCAUGUCAAGCUGAAGGUGCUGAAGAUCCUGCUGCACACAUGUGCCCAGGGCUCCCCCCAGUUCGUCCUGCAGCUGAAGAGGAACGCCUGGUUCAUCCGGGAGGCAGCAGUGUUCACUGGGCCCCCAGACCCCCUCCACGGCAACAGCUUGAACCAGAAGGUCCGGGCAGCCGCACAGGACUUGGCCAGCGUUCUCUUUUCGGAUGCGCCGCUCCCCCAGCCUGCCGUGCUGCCUGCCCGUCCCCUGCCUCCUGCAGGCAUGGGCUCCAGCCCCAGCCCCUGCAGCUCCUUGCAAGGAUUCGGCUUCAGCUGUGAGAAAAGUGGCUCUGCUUCGACAGGGGAAGCCCUGCUCAGCACCAUCCAGCGAGCAGCCGAAGCGGUGGCCCACGCUGUGCUCCCCUCCCCGGAGGCGCCCCAGCCUUGCCGCAGGGAGCUCCACGAGGACGCCUACCAGCCCGUGAGAGCCCCCUCUCCCUCCAGGAGCCCAGCCGGGGCUGUGAAGCCACCAGCAGCCACCGCAGCACACAGCACCAGAGUGACCCACCAGCCAGGGCUGGCCGGGGGAGGCUGGGAGGAGGCGGACAGCGGGCACAGCUCCCAGGACUCCUCACAGGGGAACGGCGAGUUGAGCCGCACCUCGGACUCCUGCAGCAAAUCGGGCAGUGACAGCCACUCCGGGGCCAGCCGGGAGCUGACCCACGUGGCUGAGAGGGUGGACGCUGACAGCCUGGGCGACUGCGUGCGGGAGGUGAGCCUGGUGUCGGCGCUGACCCGCGGUGCCAGGGUCUUCCUCACCAGGGAGGAAGCACAGCACUUUGUCAAAGAGUGCGGGCUGCUGAACUGCGAGGUGGUGCUGGAGCUGCUCAGCCGGGCACUGGAGGACCCCAACGACAGCGUCCGAAUGAGGUCCAUGUGUGCCAUCUCCUCCCUCAUGUGCUCCGACCUGCUCUCCCUGGACCAGAUCUUUGCUGUGACUCGGCAGCACCUGCAGCAGCUCAGCCAAGGCAGCCCUGGCGCUGUCGCCAACCGAGCAACGAAGAUCCUGCGGCAGUUUGAGGCUCUCUGCAGAGGCCAGCCCUCCCCGAAGAGCGCGCGCCCGGACUCGGACCCCUCUGGCCUUGCCAUGGGCUCAGCCCCGUGCACCGGGGACCUGCUGACGGACAUCCCACCCCUGGCAGGCGAGAGCAUCCUCACCCCCCUGAGCGCAGCCCCGCUCCCCGUGGCCACGCCGGCCCGCGGUGAGGAGCAGGGGGUGGAAGCAGAGACGCACGGGCAGCCCAGUGCCGCGGUGCCAGCCUGUCCCUGCGAGCAGGAGGCGGUAAGCAGGCUGGCAGGGGACAUGACGGGUGCCACUGCGCCCUCCCGCAGCCUCUCCCUCUUCGCUGGCAUGGAGCUGGUGGCCUGUCCCGGCGCGGUGCUCUGCCCGGACUCUCUGCCAGCAGCGCCGCGGACACUGUCCCAGCCCCAGGACAGGCAGACGGACACAGAGGGCAGCUGGCAGCCGUCAGCCUUUGCCUUUCUCAACAUGUAGCUGCUGUCGGGCUCCCGGGGGGCUGCGGGGGCUUUGCCCUCCCUCCCUGUGGGGCCUGUUGUGCCGUGGCCCCCCAGGGGCUCCUCCACGGGCGGCCAGCUGCUCCCGCACGGGGAUCAGCAGGGAUGGGGGCCCCGCGGGGAAAGCAAAUGAGCAGCCCUACGUGCCCCGUCCCGCAGGGGCGAGGGAAAGGGGGGCUGCCAUGGGGCUGCCAAGAGGACACGGGGUGUGAAAUGGCCACGGGGGCCAG